AUGACGCUGCUACAACUCGGCGUGUGUGCCGGCUCCAUCUACACCACCUUUUUGAUAUGGGGUCUACUUCAGGAACGAUUGACAAAAACUCCGUAUACAGCGCCAGCGACGCUACUGCAUCCAAAUCCGCAACCAGACUACUUUCGCUCGCCGCUCUUUCUCAAUACUGUUCAAGCGCUCUUUUCCUCUGUGGUUGCUUGCAUGUACCUGCUCGUACGAAAUCGAGGCUCGAACAAGCGCGUCACACAAAUCCUCGGAUUACAUACAUUGACUCCUGAUGGCAUUGCCGAAAAGACGCAAAAUGGUCGUGCAUCGGCAACCAAUGGCAAAGCCGCACCAACUCGGUCACGGUGGAUAUCCCCCCUUCUCUCGAGGUACAUUCUGAUCGCUGCACUGCAGAGCACCGCCUCUCAACUCGGCUUUCUCAGUCUGCGCUACAUCUCCUAUCCGACACUCACGCUGGCAAAAUCAUGCAAGCUCGUCCCGGUGCUCGUGAUGAACGUUGUGCUAUACAGGCGCAAAUUCGCCAGCUACAAGUACGCCGUGGUCGGUCUCGUCACACUGGGAAUCUGGCUGUUUAUGGCGUUUGCACCCUCCAAGCCAGGCAAGAAAGCCAAAGCGCCCGAAAGCAGCAGCCUGAUCGGCCUCGUGCUCUGCUUGCUCAACCUCGUCCUGGAUGGUGCGACCAACAGCACCCAGGAUCAGGUGUUUUCCAUGUUCGGUCGCCAAACCGUCUCGGCAGGACAGAUGAUGCUCGUCAUGAACGCCAUUUCCGCCUUUCUCAUGGCUCUGACACUGACCCUUCCAAUACCACUGCUUUCGACACCUGGUCAGCCAACACAGCUCUCGACAGCGAUCGCAUUCACCCAGAAACAUCCAGAAGUGUGGAGGGAUAUCAUCGCAUAUGCCCUAGCCGGAGCUGUGGGACAGGUGUCGAUCUUUGAAACGCUGGAACGCUUUGGUAGUCUGACGUUGGUGUCGAUCACCGUGACGAGGAAGCUGUUUACGAUGCUGUUGUCUGUAGUCGUCUACAAGCACGAACUGAGCAAGCUCCAGUGGUUGGGUGUCGCCGUGGUGUUUGCAGGCAUCGGCAUCGAGGCGAGGGAGAAGAGGAGGGAAGGAUUGGCCAAUAAGGUCAUCCAUGAUGAGAAGCGGGCGCUUGCCAAAGAUGCUUGA